AUGAUGCCGGCGCUGGGGUCCCCUUCGGAUGCAUCCCGCGUCGGUCGGCGCGCGCCGACGCCGACCAUCACCGCCGACCGACGGCUCGCACGGCCGUGCGGUGAGCAAAAAUUUGGGUCGCUGCGCGCCUGCCGGAUGCUCUGCGACGUCUGGACGCUCGCCAGAAACGCCAGGAAGCUUGCCUUCCACCCCUGGGCCCGAGGGCGAACGGCAGUGGUCGGCAGCCUCUGCGACGCUCCGAUCGGCUCCUCGACCUCAUCGCCUGCGACGAGCCAGCAUGGCUCGUCGCUCGACGGCAGCCUGCUCAGUAUGCUCUUGGCAUUCUGCCCGCAUGGCGAGCUGCUCGAUGGCAGCCUGCUCAGUACGCCUUGGACAGUGACUUCUGCCUCGCUGCUCUUACUGCAGCCGCCUCCGGGGCCGGCGUCGGCCGCCUCGCUUCGCCAGCAUUUCUCCUCCCUGCUGCUCGCCGACUCCUCCCCCCCCCGCAUGAUCGACGACUACCCGUCCUCCGGCGACUCCUCCCUUUUCGGCGCCAACGUCUACUACCGGGGGACCGUCGCCCUCGGGCGUACUGGAAUGAUCCCAGCGGCACACGUCUACGAGGGGGGGCUCCGAAAGGGGCGGGAGCGCAGCCAUUCCAACGGCUGGGAAAGCUUCUGA